UUUUGUUCUCUCUGAACUCGCACUCUCUGAUCUCUCUGAACUCACCCUCUCUAUUCUCUCUGAACUCGCGCUGCUGAACUUGAAGUUCUUCAUCUAUUGCUUACCUGAACUAGCCAGAAACGCCUGACGUGGCUGCUAUCUUUGAUCUCUCGUGCUUGAAGCACGCUCUCCCGAAGCUCGUAAGCAAGCAAGGUGAUCCUACGCGAAUCCAAUCUCAGCCCCAGAGCGCUCACGUAUACAAACCGUAAAUAGAGUGACCAAAGCCUCCCGUUCACCUUACGUCUUCGCAUUUCGUGCUCCUCACUCUCGUCCUUUCUGCUUCGUCAUUUGGAGGAAGAAUAUGGAUAAUAAAAUAAAAUUAAAUUAAAUUAAAAUAGCCGCCGAUAGGAAGACGUCGAACGUGAGCGAGAGAGAGAAGGGAGCGGCAGAGCAGAGGGGGGUGAGCGAUUAGGAGGUUAUUGCAGAAGAAGAUGGAGGCGAAAGCGAAUGGACCGAAGGAAGAUCAAUUGACUCCAAGUAUCGAUGGACCAUCAAAUCCAAUGGUUACUCCUCUACUUACAGAUCUUUAUCAGUUCACUAUGGCUUACGCUUACUGGAAAGCCGGAAAGCAUCUCGAACGAGCUGUGUUUGAUUUAUUCUUCAGGAAGAACCCCUUUGGAGGUGAAUAUACUAUCUUUGCUGGUCUAGAAGAGUGCAUUCGGUUCAUUGCCAAUUUCAAACUUUCAGAGGAUGAGAUUAACUUUAUUCGUUCAUCAUUGCCACCUAAUUGUGAGGAUGGAUUUUUCGAUUAUCUUAGGGGAAUUGACUGUUCUGAUGUUGAAGUGUGUGCUAUUCCUGAGGGAUCAGUUGUUUUUCCAAAGAUACCCUUACUGAGAAUUGAGGGACCCGUUGCUCUGGUUCAGCUUCUGGAAACUCCUUUUGUGAACCUUGUCAAUUAUGCUUCAUUAGUUGCUACAAAUGCUGCAAGACAUCGAUUUGUUGCUGGGAAGUCCAAAAUGCUACUUGAGUUUGGGCUUCGCCGGGCACAGGGGCCUGAUGGUGGAAUAAGUGCUUCAAAGUAUUGCUAUAUGGGUGGCUUCGAUGCAACCAGCAAUGUUGCUGCUGGAAGGUUGUUUGGCAUACCGCUUCGCGGGACACAUUCACAUGCCUUUGUUAGCUCAUUCAUGAGUCUUGAUGAGAUUGUUGACAAAUCAAUCCGUAGUAGUGAUGGCUCAAGUAUUUGUGAAGAUUUUGUUAGUCUGGUACAGACCUGGCUAAGUAAAAUUCAGGUGACACAUUCAUUGCAUGGCAUUUUUGGUGAGACAAAUCAAAGCGAAUUGGCAGCCUUCAUCUCAUAUGCAUUGGCAUUCCCUACUAGCUUUCUAGCCCUUGUGGACACAUAUGAUGUUAUGAAGAGCGGUAUUCCUAAUUUCUGUGCAGUUGCUCUAGCACUUGCUGAUUUGGGGUACAAAGCGGUUGGGAUAAGAUUGGAUUCUGGUGACCUUGCAUAUUUGUCCAGUGUGUCAAGGAAGUUCUUCUGUGCCAUUGAAAAGGAAUUUGAAGUGCCUGGAUUUGGAAAGAUGAGUAUUACCGCUAGCAAUGAUCUUAAUGAGGAAACUUUAGACGCUUUGAACAAACAGGGACAUGAGGUUGAUGCAUUUGGAAUAGGCACCUAUCUCGUUACAUGCUAUGCUCAAGCAGCUCUAGGUUGUGUUUUCAAAUUGGUUGAGAUAAAUAAUCAACCUCGCAUAAAACUUUCUGAAGAUGUAUCAAAGGUCUCGAUACCAUGCAAAAAACGAUGUUAUAGAUUGUAUGGGAAAGAAGGGUACCCCUUGGUGGACAUAAUGACAGGGGAAAAUGAACCGCCUCCAAAGGCAGCAGAACGGAUUCUCUGUCGGCACCCUUUCAAUGAAUCUAAGAGGGCAUAUGUUGUUCCACAGCAGGUUGAGGAACUACUUAGUUGCUACUGGCCUGGAGGUUCAGGUAAAACAAGAGAAGAGUUACCACCUCUUAAGAAGAUAAGGGAUCGUUGCAUGCGACAGCUCGAUCAAAUGCGACCAGAUCACAUGAGGCGAUUGAACCCAACACCUUACAAGGUGAGUGUAAGUGCAAAGCUGUAUGAUUUCAUUCAUUUCCUUUGGCUCAAUGAGGCACCUGUUGGGGAGUUGCAGUGAAGAGGAAUGGGCAGAGUAAUGCUUGAAGCAUCAUUGCCAUGUGAUGAGCAAACAAAUUUAGUGAGCUUCCUUGAAGAGUCAAUACUUCAAAUCUUAAUGUCAUGCAAUGUCCACCCUUGGAACAAACGAGUGUGAUUAUAAUGAGUAAUUUAUUAACGGUCCAUGCGAUUGUUUGUCCCUCAAUUUUCUCAUCCAGGGAGGAUGGUUGUUUUAUAAGUUAAUGAGCCAGUUGUAAACUGAACAAAGACCCUGUAUUUCAUGCCGAAUCAGACUAUGAACACAAGGGUGUGAACCCUGAUUGGAGUUGUGAGCACAGAUUAUUACGUAGUAAAAUAAUACGUUGGAAUGCUGGGUA